CUUAAGGCAUGGACGGGUUGGCUGGUUGGGCCGGAUCGAUUGAAGAUUUGCUGUACGGCCCGGUGGAGCCCGGCCGGUGGGUGACGUUCCUCUAUUUCCCUAAUACGGUGACCCCCAUCGAGGUUCGAGGGUGGAGAGACAUCAUUGGACCUUUCGUCCGCUUGAAGGCUCUCUGGCGGACCCAGCAACUGAUAGAAGAAAUCUCCGAUCCGGCAGACAGACGAAGGGAGAUCGAUUAAUCGAGCAGUCAUGGAUCCGCCCAGGUCGUGGGAUUCCCUGCGCAAUCAGGCCAGGAAACUCGAAGCUCAGUUGGAUGAGCAGAUGCAUUUGUAUCGUAGGCUUGUUUCGGCAAGAGCUGAUGAUGUUAAAGAGAGUGAUCUUGAAUCUGGAAUAGAUCAAUUACUGAAACAGCUGCAGCAGGUAAAUUCACAUAUGCAGGCUUGGGUAUCAUCAGGGGGACCGGAGAUUUUUUCUCAUACAUUGACUCGUCAUCAAGAGAUACUUCAUGAUCUCACACAGGAGUUUUAUCGCCUUCGCUCAAGUCUUAGAGCUAAGAAAGAGCAUGCUUCACUGCUUGAGAAUUUCAGGGAGUUUGACAGGGCAAGAGUAGAUUUAGAGGGUGGUGCUGAUUCAGCUGGGCAAGUUCUCCUUAGGGAACAUGCAGCUAUCCACAGAAGUUCCGGACAGAUGGACACCGUUGUAUCUCAAGCACAGGCAACACUAGGGGCACUUGUAUUUCAACGAUCAACAUUUGGAGGAAUUGAUUCAAAGCUUAGCAAUAUUAGCAGUCGCCUGCCAACGGUGAACAAUAUUCUUUCAGCAAUAAAGAGGAAAAAGUCAAUGGACACACUCAUCCUUGCCAUUGUUGCCUCCGUCUGUACAUUUUUAAUUUUGAUUUAUUGGUUAUCCAAGUAGGAGAUGUCAUUUUCCAGUUGAGUCGAAUUGAUGUGAUCUUCUGUCCCGUGUAUUGUAUGUACAUACUGUGAUUCUUUGAUAUGUACCUCCAUUAUUAUUGAUAAAUUUGCUUCUUCUUUUUGUUUUCCA